GCACUGUCAGUCCAGUUGUGCGCUCUCGCUGGAGAGGAGGCUUUUUGUUGGGAAGUUUCUGUGAGUGAGUCAACACGGCACACAGGGAGGACGCCACCCUGCCCCGCCGCUGAAUCCAAAGCUGGGCUUCUCUCUACUCCUCCGAGGACGCAGGACACAAAGACAAAUUCACAUCGACCUCUUCACAACAACUGGGGAUUUAGUUUUUUAGCCUUCGCACACCGGGGAUGGUUAUUGUCUUUUUGACGCGGGCUUUUCCUCAUUGGAAUUAACGCAGCGGAGGUGAAAUGAAAGUGACGGUGUGUUUCGGGAGGACCCGGGUGGUCGUUCCGUGUGGUGAUGGGAAUAUACAAGUCCACAGCCUUAUCGAACAAGCUGCCAUGAGGUAUAAGAAGGCGAUCGCAAAGGACCCCAGCUACUGGGUCCAGGUCCACAGGUUGGAACAUGGAGAUGGAGGUAUUUUGGACCUGGAUGACAUGCUGUGCGAUGUGGUGGAUGACAAAGAUAGGCUGGUAGCAGUAUAUGAAGAGCAGGAUCCUCACAAUGGAGGGGACGGUACCAGUGCCAGCUCCACCGGUACGCAGAGUCCCGAACCCUUCACCAGUGACAUGAGUUCAGCAUCGGCCUUUCAGCCCUACCAGGCCAACAGUGAGAUCGAGGUCACCCCGUCAGCGCUGCGAUCCAACAUGCCUCUCCAUGUCCGUCGCACCAGUGAUCCCUCCCUGGCCGGCCUUCCUACGGGGGAAAUCCCGGUUGGUCCAGAGGAACCGUCCAGAAAGAACCCAACCCGCUGGUCCACAACUGUUGGCUUCCAAAAGCACAAGCACAAACCAAACACAAGCACUGGCACCAGCAGCCUGGAACGAAAGGGUAGGGGAGGCCAGGCCUAUCGGAGUCUUCCACGUGAUGCGAGUGGCUGGACCACUCAGUUCCAGAGGGAAAUGACUCGAUCUUCCCUGAGCGCCAACCAUCCAAUGGUGGACCGAUGGCUUGACAGACAGGAACAGGAGGAGGAGGAAGAAGAGCGAAGGAGACAAGAAAGGAGGAUUGAAAGGAUUGAGCCAAUAGGGAGGGCCGAUUCCUCAUUGGAAUAUUCUCCUGUGUUGAGUCUAGAAUCCCUGCUCAAGCCGGUAGAGGUGUCCAAUGGAGGAGGGCCCCUCGGGAUCCACGUAGUGCCUCUCAGUUCGCAGGAUGUCAGGACUCAGGGCUUGCUGGUGAAGCGACUGGAGCGUGGGGGCAAAGCCGAGCAGGAGCGUCUCUUCCAAGAGAACGACUGUAUUGUCAAAAUUAAUCAGGGAGACAUUCGCCACCUGCGCUUCGAACAAGCCCAAAACAUUUUCAAGCAGGCGAUGCGUGGGCCCGUCAUCCUUUUUCACGUGGUCCCCGCAGCCAUGAAGAGACAGUACGAGCUGCUGUCGGCCCAGAGCGAGCUCAGCCCGCCCCAUUCCAACAGAGUCCGUUUUGGCCUAGACUCUCAGCAGUCGGGGGACAGGUCCAGUUUGGUGGGGGGGCUGACUUCCAGAGCUGGACCACAACCAGGCCUCAACCACAACCACCAAGGACCCCUGGCAGGAAGCACCCCAGAGCCCAGCCGACGGUACACCAUGUUACCCCACACCUUGGUCUCCACGACCUCUUCAGCCCCCUCCACCUCUCCCUCCCUGCAGCGCAGGGUAAGCACAAAUCCGUCCACCAGCUCCUACCUAAAGAACAAAGGACGCAGAUUCAACAUCCAGCUGAAGAAAGGUCCAGAGGGUCUUGGGUUCAGCAUCACAUCCAGAGACGUCCCCAUUGGUGGCAGUGCUCCCAUUUAUGUCAAAAACAUCCUUCCUCGAGGGGCCGCCAUCCAAGAUGGCCGAUUGAAAGCUGGAGACCAGCUGCUGGAGGUUAGUGGAGUGGACCUGAAUGGUAAGAGCCAGGAAGAGGUGGUGGCCCUGCUCCGAGCCACGCCCAUGGGCGGGACUGUGAACCUGUCGGUGAUUCGCCCAGAGGACUCCCUGCUGCCCCGAGAAGUGCAGCCAGAGGAAGAUGACAUGGUGUUAACCGCUGACGGAACACAAGAGUUCCUGACCUUUGAGAUCCCUCUGAACGACUCAGGCUCAGCGGGCCUGGGGGUUAGCGUCAAGGGUAACCGCUCCAAGGAGAACCACGCUGACUUGGGCAUCUUUGUGAAAUCCAUUAUUAAUGGAGGUGCUGCUAGCAAGGAUGGCCGUCUACGAGUCAACGACCAGCUCAUUGCAGUCAAUGGGGAAUCAUUGCAUGGGAUGACCAACCAGGACGCCAUGGAAACGCUGCGCACAUCCAUGUCGGUAGAGGGCAACAAGCGAGGGAUGAUUCAGCUCAUCGUGGCUCGGCAGGUGUCCAAAAACAAUGAGGUAGCCCCCUGCAGCCCUCCAGUUUUAGAGCAUCCCGUGAACUCUCUGAUGGACAGCCAGGAGCGCCGGAUCUCCAACUCUCUGUACGAAACCAUUGAAGGCUUUCACAGCAACUCCACACCGCGGGCUAAUAUGAUCGGACGCAUUGGUAACUACCAGCUUUCUCCCACUGUGAACAUGCCGCAGGACGACAUAGUGAUGAUCGAAGACGAUAGGCCACCCCUGCUUCCUGCCCACCUUUCCGACCAAUCAUCCUCCAGUUCCCACGAUGACAUGGGCUUCGUGGGAGAAUACCCGGUGCCCUGGAUCCACGAGCUGCCCGGUCAGAAUGAAUGCUCGCUCAGUCCAGACGCAGACCCUGACGGCUCGUUCCUGAGGGAGGGCUUCGGCCGCCAGAGUAUGUCAGAAAAACGCACCAAACAAUAUGAAAAUGCUAAUGAUCUGGAAAUCAUCAAGGCGCGGAAGUCCAAGAGCAUGGAUCUAGUAGCAGAUGAGAUUAACUGCAGCACAAGAACCAAUGGAGGUUCUGCAGAGGUCGGACCCUCGCUGGGCCUGAAAAAGUCCAGCUCCCUUGAAAGCCUCCAGAAGGCUGUUGCCGAGGCGUUGCUGAACGGUGAGAUCAACGUUAACAGGCCGCGCUCGCGGAUCGCCAGGGGCCGCGGCUGCAACGAGAGCUUCCGAGCUGCAAUUGACAAAUCAUAUGAGAAACCUGGUGUCACAACAGCAGAAGAAGAGAACAGCAUGGAGACAUUGGACGAGGACACGGAGGGAAGUUCCAGAUCAGGACGCGAGUCGAUGUCCACCAGCGGCGACCUCAUUGUGGGACCUGGGCUGAACGGCAACCUCUCCAAAGAUGACAGGCAGAAAGAUCGGGACAAGGUUUGGGGGAAGGAAAAGAAGAAACCUGAAAGGGAUAAAGAGAAGGAGAACGACAAGGACAAGAACAAAGCCAAGAAAGGUGUGCUGAAGGGCCUUGGCGAGAUGUUCAGGUUUGGAAAGCACCGGAGGGAUGAGCGACCAGGAGACAGGAUGGAGAGAAAGGGCUCCAGUAAAUCUAAAGCUGAGGACAUGCAGGCGUCAGAGGAGGAGACCUUGCGGAUGAGGCUGGAACAAGAGAGAAUACAGGCCAAGAUGCGGGAGCUUCGGGAAAAGCAGGCUAAGGAGAGGGAAUAUGCUGAGAUCCAAGACAUUGUUGGCGGUACCUUCAGCUCAGAUGAGGAGCACACCUACGCUGGCAUCGGAUCAUUAGACUCGUCGGUGGAUAGCAGCAGCAUGGAGCCUCACAACCACCACUACCAUCUCCCCAGGGGUCCCCAGAGCCCUCACCUUCCCUUGAGCCCACAGGACAACGGUCCACCCCUGGAGGCUCUGUAUGCCCAGGUCAACAAGCCGCGGAAUGGACGCCCUGCAGCUCCAGACAGCAGUCAGAUGGCUGCCAGUAACCACGACCGGAUACAAAGGCUGAGGAAUGAGUUCCAGCAGGCCAGGCACGAGGAUGACGUUGAUGACCGUAGGCACACCUACAGCUUCAACCAGUCCUGGGUAAGCAAUGGGACGGAGACGCUGAGCGGACGCCAUUCAGUAACAGUCGAGACUCAGGUCCAGAAACAGCAGCAAGAGGAUCGAGAUGGUUUCCAACAAGCACAGAGACAGUACAACUCCCUGCCACGGCAACCUCGUAAGACUCCCAGCACGGUGUCCCAGGACUCACGGGACAAGGCGUACAUGCCAGCAGAUGGAUUCCAGACGUCAAAGGAGAACCCUGGCUACUCCAGCAGCCAGGGAUCACGUAACGGCUACCUUGGAACGUCCAACUUCAAUGCCCGUGUCCUCUUAGAGACUCAGGAGUUGCUGAGGCAGGAGCAGAGACGCAAAGAGCAGGAGGCCAACAAGGCCAGGCCACCUCCCGCACAGGAAACCCCCAGUGGCAGCACCUACGACCACAACAGAGAGCACACACACGCCCCAGGCUCUGCCCCGCUUCAGGCCCCACCUCAGUCCAAGGGCCCCUACAGACAAGAUGUACCCCCAUCGCCUUCUCAGCUCGCAAAGCUCAGCAGGCUUCAGGGAUCAGAGAAAGGGAGGCUGUUUUACUCCUGAGACAGUGACAAGGGAUUAGAAAACUUUUGGAAGAUUAGGACUGAUUCUAAGGAGCAUUAACAUGUACAAAAUACUAAGAGGGCAAUGAGUCUGUGUUUUUUUUUUUAAUGAAAUGUUGAGAUACAAAGAUUUUUAUAGGACUGUUGAUAGAAAAUGUUAAUAUUUAAAGAAAAAAAAGUUUUUUUUAAUGAUAUGAACCAUGAUUUGAGCUGUUUUACUGUCCACAAUCAUGAUCAUCUAACUAUGUGUAUAAGUGCCUUCUGGUCUAUUGAUUGUAGACAUCAGCCCAAUUAUAAUUUUUUGGCUCAUGAUCUGCAGCUUUGACCCAUCCAUCUGAGACAUUUACUAGAGCAGACAUCACUGCAGAAGGCAAUUGGUUUGGGCCAUCACUGCAUCACCACAUCUACCCCCCCAUAACCUCGAGCAUAAGCAACCCAUUCUCACUCCCACAAUGUCAAAAAUCGACAAUUGGUCAGGUGCCUUUGGCGUUUGUUAUUGAUGCAAAAAGUGUCCGUAUUUUGACACGCUUGGUAGGGACUCUUGGCGUCACUUUUUGGCGCUCUGGGUCGGGACUCUUGGCGUCACUUUUUGACGCCUUAGGUCGGGACCCUUUGCGUCACUAUUUGACGCUCUCGGGACUCGCGUCUAGCCCUUUGGCGUCAUAUUGACGUACCUGGGGACUAUGCGGUUUAACUGACGUGCAGCACAAGAACGGGACAGUUGGGUUUAGGAAAAGAUCGUGGGUGGAGUUACAAAAUGCACGUUUCAGUGACACGCGGGACAUAAACAGGACUCUUGGGUAAAUGUCCUGUGUUGUUUGACCCAUCCACCACCCCAACUAACAUCCUUACGCGUAUGUUUGGUCUUUUCAUACCGUUGUCGCUCUUAAUACUACGUCAUCUUUCAGCGCCGAGGUCAAGCUGCUUAUGCUCGAUGCAUUCUGUUCAGAUGCCAAAGGGUGAUUUUUGCGUCAGUAUCCGACGCUGAGAGCCACUGACCAAGCGUCUGUAUUUUAGGAGUUGGGAGUGAGAACGGGAUGGCACAAAACACGGCCCAGGCAUGUUUUUCUACCACUCGGAUACUGGCGAGGUCUCAGUCGACACCACGCUUGGGUAAAUGAGGCUUAUUUUUGCUGUUCGUGGGGACUUUGUCGAACACUACACGUUCUUGUGAGCGUGCAGCAACUGUGCACGUGUGUGUGUGUGAGUGCUAGCAGGAGUCGGUGUGUAGUGACAAAGUGUGGAGGUUAAGCAGCUUGUGUGAACUGUGGAGUCAGAGCUUUGGUUUUGGGCAUGACCGCUCACCCCAACUCAGUUCUGGCAGGGAAAUGUCCCCUUCGGUUAUAGAUACACACAACACUUACCCAGAGUAUAUCCUCCUUCCAACCCUCUCUUGUAUUCAAUAUGAUAAUCCUGAAUUCUCUCUGCCUCUGCUGGUAGCGUUAUCCCUGUUUUUUCUCUUCACAUUGUCACCCUCACCACACAGCCCUCUCGGUGGAGGAAAACAGCUUUAGAUCUUCUUUAUUCCUACCCUGUCCCGCCUACCCAGGGAACCCAGCAGUAUAAAUGGGGUCGGGCUUGAGUUAUUAAUUAAUGUACCUCAUUAAAAGGGAAUGGGCCCCUUUGUGUGUGUGUGUGUGUGUGUGUGUGUGUGUGUGUGUGUGUGUGUGUGUAUGUUGUCAUGUAUGGCGAGAAGGAAGAAACAGUGACCCUGCCAGCGUAGCUCUGGCCCCGUCCUCGCCUGCUGUAGAAUGAUUUGGCUGUAACCGAAGCCCGCUGGCCCCUAGGUGUCUGAGUUGUUACUCCCUGAAUAUUUCAUCAGGGUGGUUACAUGGAAAACCACAUCAGUUCUGCAGUAGAUGGCCUCAGUGUGGGCUCGAUACAAUGGAGCUGAUUUUGUUUUCUUUUCAUGAUUAUGUCCAUUGGUAGAAAAACACUCUGGAGCCUUUCCGUCAUUCAAUCAAUAAUUACUGGUGCAUUUUCAGUGUGUGUGAAAGUGUAUAUGUAUGACACUGUGUGUGUGUGUGUGUGUGUGUGUGUGUGUGUGUGUGUGUGUGUGUGUUACCAUCCCUUCCAUCCCUGUAAGAACAAACUUUUGGUUGUCAGAUUGAGGAAAUGCUUUUGCAAUGUGAGGCUGUUUUUCGCAAAGGUCAAAGGUGAGAAUUCAUUUUAGGUUGCAGUUAAAAUUAGGUUUAGUUUAGGUUAAGUAUUAAGAUUCAAAUUAGUUUAUUGAUUUACCCUGAUUUGUUAAUUCAGUCAGAUUUUGAAGCCAUUUUCCCUUCGUAGAUUUGCAUGCAACUUAAGAAACCAGGUUACGCAGCUCACUGGAGAACAUGGUUACUGUAGUAACCUGGUUGUGAAUCUGCAUUUACAUGCAGCAGGUCACUAGUCUGGUUAACAUGAUGUUCAUGAAAUCACUGGAGAAAUCCAACCGUUACCUGGUUUCUUACAGUAAGUGCAUGUAAACACACCGCUUUUUGGAAAUAGUGCAGGAAGCUACAAACUAUGCAAUGCCAUAUUUGAAAGAUUUUUUUAAAUUACACAUUUAUGUUUCGGUCUAUGUCCCAUUAAUAAACAUACAAAUGCAUUUGUCUAUCCAAACCGGGUAUUUCCACAGCCCUUGCUUUAGGAUUAAGACCAGAAUCAGGAUUAAGAUCAAGUUCAUGGUUUCUAUUAGAACUAUUAGGUUAGAGUAGGAGUUAUUUAAUUAUUGCAUUUGAGGUUCUAUGGGCCUCACAAGGACAUGAAAAAAAUGUGUUCUCACAAAUAAAAGGGUAUGUAAAAUACAGUCUAGCAAUGUUCUUGUGUGUGUGUGUGUGUGUGUGUGUGUGUGUGUGUGUGUGUGUGUGUGUGUGUGUGUGUGUGUGUAGGUGGACAUGUGUUUAAGCGUCUGUGAACGCUGCCAGUAACUGGAUGCUCCAAUAUGUCUAGGAAUAUGUCUUGGCAGCCAUGUGAACCACUUGGCUGCCGAGUGGCAUAAGAGCAGAGGAGUAGGAGGGAGAGAAGAUGGGAGGCCUGACCUGCAGAUGAUUCAGUCAAUGGAGUAAUCACAGCUAUUCCUCUGAGUCGGCAGCACAAACAGGAGGUUACCCACAAGGCUGUGCUUCUCUGUUCUUCUCUUCAUUCAUCCCCUUCAUCUGUCAGUUGCUUGUGGUUGUUUGGUUUUUCUGGGGCAGAAUUAUAAUGGGUCUUGUUUGUAUAGGGGUGUGUGUGAAAGGGGUCCUAUUCUGACACAGAAGCUGUUUUAAAUGAUAUUCCCAUGUUUUAUGUGUCUCCAUCGUGAACUGGGGAGGGGUUCAAGUGCCUGCAAUAUCUAACGAGUUUUUUUUCUCCUCAUAUGCAAAUUUCAUAAUAUCCCAUAAUGCAUGUUUAUUAUUUCUGUUGUGUAAUUAAUGUUUGUGCGCCCCCUGUGCCACGUGGAUUCUUCCCAUAAAUCUAUUGUUUCAGGGGAUUUUUUUUUUUAACCCUGGGAGAAAUGAGAUAUAUAUUGUUAUUGUUUCAUUGUGUUUUUAUGACCAUCCCCAUUGUAUUUUAUUAUCCACAAUAUGGUACUAUGGUGGUAAAAAAAAAAAUGACAAAUAUGUAAGCACAGUGCAAUUUUCCUUUUUACAACAGUGUAUCAUUAAGACCUGUUUCUGCCAUUCUCUGUACAUACAAUAUAAACUUUUUUUCAGUGAAUAAAUUGAGGGUGGAUUCAAAUUCUUGUAACAAUAA